AUGGAUGAUUGUGUGGCAGAAGACGAGUGUGAAAUUACGGAGAGGCGGGCCGUACCGAGUGCUGUAGUACUAGCAAGGUUGUUUGGAUCUUUGGAGAGUCUGGGUGUGGAGUGCGAUGUGAGCAAUGCCUUUUCGCACUUGAGGUCCGCAAAACGAGCUUUUCUAGAAGCUAGGCAUGAGAGACAGGUGAAAGGCAACAACAGCAGACUCUAA